AAAGAAAUCAACAUCUCAUCAGACAAACCAGCGCAUCGAAACGAAAUAUCGGUACAAUAUAUAUCCGAGAUCGCAGUUUUCGUACGAUUCUUUUUCUUUUGAAUGUUGUGCGUUUUUUUUCGCUCAACAACUUUUCCUCCGCAAUAAUUAAAUAAAUCAGCGAAUAUAAAUUUAAAAACCAAUAAUAUUUUUUUUCCCGGAAAAUGAUGAUAAAACGAUCUGGUCAUUUUUGCAAUAAAUGAAUGCCUGACAUUCAUAUCUUGAACAAAUAAUUGAAAAGCACAACGAUUAAAAUACCAUUUUUUUUUUUGGAGCAGCAAAGUACUUCAAAUUUUAAAAGAACGCAUAAAUAUUAAGACAAUUAAAUGAUUGCAAGUGAAGAGUGAGAAUAAUAAGAGAGGAAGAGAAAACAACAUUUAUUUUCCUUGUUACAGAUUGAAACAUCUCAUUUUCCAUCGAGUGCAACCAAUUUGAUGAACUGAAACUAAAAGACCAUUCUCACUGCAAUAAAAAAAACAGUUUGAAUGAGUUUUAUUACUUGAAUUGUGCAAUUACUUUUAAUCACCCGACAGACAGACAGAAUCACACGAUUUGAACAGAGACAUUUUCAAGAAUCAGAUCACUGAUACUGUUUUAUAUUAAACUCUUGAAUUUUAUCGCAACAAUUGCACGUUUUGCAAUCAAUUUGAUGGUCUUGUGUUUUGCAGUUGAUCGCAUGAUUAUUACAAAUCCCCGGUGGAUUUUAGACACAGUGUAUUGAAUAGUGUAUGAACGCGACUGUUUGCUCACAUAACCGUGUGGAUUCGCCAAAAUAAUUCCGGUGCGAAAUCUAAACUUGAAAUCGGUGGGAAAAUUAUCAUUUUACGCAAUCGAGAACAAAUUACGUGUUACCUUUUUUGAUAAACAAGCAAGUGAAUUCAUAUUUCGAAGUGAACAAUAUCAAAUCAUUGAACAACAGCAAUCAACAGAAGACAACAUUCAAGACGAUUUUUAUUUUUGGAUAAAUUAAAACAUAUAAAAAUCAAAUAAUCUCAAUCCAAAGGAUACACUUAAAAAGAUUUGUUACCAGAAACUAAAGCAACAAAAAGAUUAUCGCCUCUUCAAAAUAGUGUGACACAUUGAAACACAGAAAGUAAAACGACAAAAAAUAAUCAUAAUUAUUCGAUAUAAAAAAAAGAAAUCCGUAUGUAAUACAUUUAUUGCGAUCAGUAUUUCGGAAAUUUGAAGAAAAUAAAACAGGAGCUUUAAACAGUGUUAAUUCUAUCAUCGAGUAAAAAGAGGAAACAAUCGAAUAACAUAAAAAAAACUAACAAAAUGACAAUGAGUACAAAUAAUUGCGAAAGCAUGACUUCAUACUUUUCUAACUCGUACAUGGGUUCAGACAUGCAUGGUCACUAUCCGAAUGGUGAUCAUUUGGAUGCUGGCCAACAAAUGCAUCAUUACAGUCAAAAUCCAAAUCAGACUAAUAUGCCACCAUAUCCAAGGUUUCCACCAUAUGAUCGAAUGGGCUAUUACAAUCAGAAUCUUGAACCAACAGGAUUCUCUCGGCCGGACAGUCCGUCAAGCCAAGUUGGUAUGCAACAACAACCGAACGGCACACAAAUGACAACAGCCACACAACAGCAACAACAACCCGUUGUAUAUGCCAGCUGUAAAUUACAAGCGGCCGUUGGUGGUAUCGCCGGUCUCGAAGGCAGCUCACCGCCACUCGAACAAAUGGGACAUCACAUGAAUACUCAAAUGACAAUACCUCAUCAUAUGGCACAUGCACAAAGCCAAAUUAACGUUCAUCAAAAUCAGCACAUGGGAAUGUACACACAAACGGGAAAUGUGCCGCCUGUUGGAACGCCACAAAGUAUGAUGCAUCAACAGAGUGCACAAAUGCAUCAAGGUCAACAGCAACCAGCAACAAAUAGCCAAAACACACAAGGAUCGCUACCCUCACCGCUCUAUCCAUGGAUGCGAAGUCAGUUUGAACGUAAACGUGGCCGACAAACUUACACGCGAUAUCAGACGCUUGAACUAGAGAAAGAAUUCCAUUUUAAUCGUUACCUGACACGAAGACGACGCAUCGAAAUCGCUCACGCAUUGUGCCUAACCGAACGGCAAAUCAAAAUUUGGUUCCAAAAUCGCCGCAUGAAAUGGAAGAAAGAGAAUAAAACAAAAGGUGAACCCGGCUCAGGUGAUAAUGAUGAUAUGACUCCGCCAGCAAGUCCGCAAUAAAUUUUGUGGCUGCAAACCAUAAAUGGAUCGCAGCAACAACAGCAAUAACAUCAAUAGCAUCAAGAGUAAGUCUGUGCUCAGCGCCCAAAAUGCAUUUUCGGGCACACAGACGCAAAACAACAACAAAAAUUUAACAAGAGAAAUAAACACGCAGAAAGCAACUAACGUAAGUGAUUAGUAGAUUACCAACCCAUUCAUUUUGCCAGCAAAGUGAAAAGCAACAAAUGCAAAACAAAACGCAGCAAAAUAAAAUGAAAUGAAAAGAAUAUACAAUCGUUUUCGUACGUGAUGCAGUUUGUGUUCGUUUCGAUCUAUAUAUCUCAUGUAAAGAAUCAAUUCUCAGCCCAUUUUGUUUAAUAUUUAAGUAUAGAAAUCAUGAAUUGCAUGCAAAACACCCUUUUUCAUUAAACGAAAAUAAAACAUGGUUUUUAUGACGAACAAUUUUCAACAGUUUUUGAUCCAGCAAAAAAACCAGAUCAUUUUAUUUUCGUCGACUCAUUGCAUUGUUUGAGAAUGGAGAAACACAUAAACUGCAUUCACCUACUCAAAGAUCAAAUGGAUUUAAUUCAAAAGAAACAACUCAUGUGACCUCAACUUAAGUUUAAAGAAAAAAAAAUGAAACUUUAUUAAAAUUAAUGGACAAACAAAUAACUUUAAACACUUGAUUCUAAUCUAAAAGUAAAACAAAAAAUGAAAGAAAAUGAAACAAUAUAAAACAGUAAACAAUAAUAUUUAAAUAUUAGUGAGAAAGAAGAAGAAGAAAAAACUGAAGAAAAAUGAAAAAAAAGGUGAAAACGUAUGUAAUUGUGUAAUUAUUUAAUUGAAUUAUUAUUAAUAUUAUUACUAUGCAUAGGAAGAGGACGAAAAAUUAUGAAGUAAACAAACAAAAAAAGAUACUAUGAAUUGGUAAAUGCAUCAUAUGGUUCAUGAAAAUAUAAAAAUGGCAUUUAAAAUGGCACAUUUUCGGCAUGAAAUCUGAGCGCAAUCGACGAUCCCGAUGCAACUCUUUUAGAAUCUCUCUUUUUUCUGCUAUUAUUUUUUUGUGUGUGAAAACGUCUCCAAAGCAUGGUUUUCAUUUUGCUUUCGGUCGCUUGCACCCUUCUUGUGUGGGGGGAGGCGAAGGAGAUUUUCUUGCCAAAUAAAGAACCGUUGCAUGCAGUCGACACGCAAACAGAUCGAAUCAGAAAACAGAGGCCAGUGAUUCAGUGCAAUCUUAUUAUUUUUUUCUUUCAUCUUACCAUUUAAUUUACACUCUGAUACACUAUUUUUGAUUCUUUCUCUUUCGCAUUCAAAAUUGUAUAUUUAUGCGUUAAUUUAAAGCAACAAGCAAAAAAAAAAUUGGCACAUUCUGUUGAGAUUCUUAUGCACGCGCACAUCAAAAUUUAUGGAUUCUUUUUUUUUAGUUUUGUGGUUCAAUCAUUUUUCGAAUCGAAAAUUUCGCUACUUUUGAAAAUGAUUACAAUAACACAACCCCCCCAAAAAAUACGUAAUUCUAAAUAAAGAAUCGACACAAUUUUUGUAAAUAAAUGAUGGAUUCCUUCCCUUGUUUGUAUCUCGCGGGGAGGAAUGAUUUUUUCUUCUGUGGACAUACUAUUGUAAUCACUAUUGAAUUAAUUUUUAAAUAAGAAAAAAAGAAACAAUCGAUUGGUUUGCAUGUUUUAGCAAAUACUCUUCACUCACUCACACUCACACACAAACACAUUUUUUUCUCUCAUUCAUUUUUAUAUACAAUCAAAUGUAUGAAUAAAAUUAAGAAAUGUAAACAUUUAGUUGAUGGUUGACAUACAAAAAGCAAAUACUCUUUUAGCAGCCAAAUUGUAGAGCGCAAGCAAAGUGGUCACCUUAAAUUGGUUCCGCAUAACUAUUGUUUUGCAUUAUUAGAUUCAACGAUUUUUUUUAUUUGCCAAAAAAAGCAUUAGCAGCGACUACUUAUCCGGCAAUCAUUUAAAAAAAACACUCGUUAAAAGGAAUCAACCAAAAUAGUUUACUUGUCUUGAAUGAUGACAAAAUAAAAAUUGGAUAUGGAGUAUACAGAACAUUUUUAGUAAAAAAAAACAAGUAACCAGUAGAGAAUUUUUAACUUAGAAGAAGAGGAAGAAAAAACUGAUCUCUUUUGAGCAGUAUCAUGUCUUUGUUAGUUUUCAACAUUUUUUUUUGGAGAAGUUAAAAUUAAAUGCUUCUUUUUUCGUAAAUUGAAAUAAACUAAAAUGAAAAAUUAUAACCAGCAAAAAAUAUGCACGAUUCACUAAUUUACAAUUAAAAUUUCGGUUGGAUUAGCCUUGAGGCCAAAUCCAAAUCGACAACUGAAAUUCAUCACAACCCUUUUUACUGCAAAAACGAAAAAUUUAUGAGGAUUCAACACAUAUACACCGUAACACACAACAAAAAAAGAGAAAACACUUGCAUUUCGAAUGCUGCACGCAAGCACUAGCUUAAGCUAAUUUUUUAAAAAUUGAAUCUUUUGAGAAAGAAUGUAUUUUUUGUUCGCCCAGUGAUUGAAAUAAUGUAGACCUUUAAGAAGAAUAAAAUACUCCGUAAAUGCAAUUGUUUUCAUUGAAUCAAGAAUUAAAGGCCCCGAUUUAUUAAUUUAACAUGAACAAAAAAUAAGAAAAUUUCAUUAAUUGUGACAUUUGUUUCUUCAGUUUGUUUAAUGGCUGUUAAAUGAUGUCACGCAUUACCACCUUUGAAUACCUUUUUUGUUGUUGUUGUUCCAAGUCGAAGGAUGUGUUGCUUUCAAUUCUUUGAGUUUGAGAAAAAAAAAGAAUCCGGAACUCAAUAUUCUACAUAAUGAAGAAGAAUUGAGUCGCAAAAGAUAAAAAAAUGCUGACGAAACAUUGAUGAAGCGAUUUAUACCAAAGC